ACGAGUGGGGACGGGCUGGGGGGAUCCGUGCUGGGUCCUGCCCGGCGCCGGGGCUGCAGCUCGGAGCCCGCGGUGGGUCCUGCCAGGAGCCAGGGGCUGCAGCUCGGAGCCCGCGAUGGUGGAACGGAAGCUCCUUGUUCUUUUUGGCAGCCAAACUGGGACGGCUCAAGACACAGCCGAGAGAAUCGGCAGAGAAGCCAAGCGACGGCACUUCCAGUGCAGAGUGGAGGCCCUGGACAGCUAUGAUGUGGCCAACCUCAUCAACGAGCUGUUGGUGGUAUUUGUGUGUGCAACCACCGGCCAGGGUGACCCGCCUGACAACAUGAAGAUGUUCUGGCGGUUCCUGUUCCGGAAGAACCUGCCACCCAGUUCCCUCUGCCAGCUGGACUACGCCGUGCUGGGCCUUGGCGACUCCUCCUAUCCCAAGUUCAACUUUGUUGCAAAGAAGCUGCACAAACGAGUGCUUCAGCUUGGGGGCAACCCUCUGCUGCCAGUGGCGUUGGGAGAUGACCAGCAUGACUUGGGGCCAGAUGCAGUGAUUGACCCAUGGCUCCUGGCCUUAUGGGACAAGAUCCUCACCUUGUAUCCUCUCCCUCCUGGCCUCGAGAUCAUCAGCCCAGAUGUGUGCCUGCCCCCAAAAUACACCCUGCAGUACCUGCCUGAGGAGUGCCCCCAGCCCCAUGGUGGCCAUGGCCAGCCCGGUGGCCAGCUGCAGGCGGCAGCAGCCAGGGCUGUUCCGUGUGAGCUGCGGCCCUUCGCUGCCCGGCUGCUGUCCAACCGGCGCCUCACCGCGCACCAGCACUUCCAGGACGUGCGGCUCAUCGAGUUUGAUGUCACGGGCUCAGGGAUCACGUUCAGCGCAGGGGAUGUGGUGAUGAUCCAGCCCCAGAACUUCCCCGAAGAUGUGCAGCAGUUCUGCCAGCUCCUGCGCCUGGAUCCGGACAGGCGCUUUGUGCUGAAGCCCACAGAGCCUGGCACAUCCCUCCCUGCCCUGCUGCCACAACCCUGCACCAUCCGGCACCUGGUCACCCACUACCUGGACAUCUCCUGCGUGCCACGUCGCUCCUUCUUUGAGCUCUUGUCCUACUUCUCUACCAACGAGCUGGAGAGGGAGAAGCUGCAGGAGUUCAGCUCUGCACAGGGCCAGGAAGAGCUGUACAGCUACUGCAACAGGCCCCGCAGGACCACUCUGGAGGCUCUCUGGGAUUUCCCUCACACCACGUGUGCCAUUCCAGCCGAGUACCUGCUGGACCUCAUCCCCCGCAUCAGACCCCGCGCCUUCUCCAUCGCCUCCUCCAUGAUGGCUCACCCCGACCGGCUCCAGAUCCUCGUGGCAGUAGUGCGGUACAAGACACGGCUCAGCAAACCUCGCCGUGGUCUCUGCUCUACCUGGUUGGCUUCUCUCAACCCAGAGCAAGGUGAUGUCCGGGUGCCUCUUUGGGUGAAAAAAGGAGGAAUGAAGUUCCCAGCUGACCCUGACACCCCUGUGAUCAUGAUUGGCCCUGGCACAGGGGUGGCACCUUUCCGAGCAGCCAUACAGGAGCGGGUGGCACAAGGAUGCGGAGGGAAUUACUUGUUCUUUGGCUGCCGCCACAAAUCCAAGGACUUCUACUGCCAGGCAGAGUGGGAAGAGCUGGUGGCAAAGGGCGUCCUGACACUCUUCACGGCCUUCUCCAGAGACCAGGAGGAGAAGGUUUAUGUUCAGCAUCGCAUCCUGGAGAACCGCAGGCUGCUGUGGGAGCUGCUGAGCAACGGGAACACUCGUGUCUACCUGGCUGGGAAUGCCAAGCAGAUGCCAGCAGCAGUGGCUGAGGCCCUGCAAUCCGUGCUGCAGCUGGAAGGUGGCAUGUCACCCUCUGAAGCACAGGAGCAUUUCGCUGCCAUGGAACGCUGCCAACGCUUCCAAGCUGAAACGUGGUCAUGAGCCUGGCUCCCUGCCUCCCCCUGCCCCAGCAGCUCUGCCUGAAUAAAGGACCAGCAAAAGGA